GAUCAAUUCAUGUCAAGUCCCUGACAAUUUUCUUUGAUAAUAAUUUUUCUUCAGUAAAAAAAUGAAAGAAGUAAAGGUAAAACCAACUCAAACACUUUAUACAAAUAAUGUAGUUGCGGUCCCUCCACCACCACCAAGAUUUAGUUUAAAUGAAUGGUACUUGAAUAAUCGUCAAAGAUACCGAGCUUGUGAAGAUCAACAAGCUUUAGCAGAUAAAAUCUUAGCAGAAUGUGAAAGGGUGCGAGAUGAAGUUAAAGAAAGAACACUUUUAAAUAAACGCGAGGUCGAUCAUAAAAUCAACGAAAAAAUUCAAGAUAUAGAAUUCAAUAAACAUGAAAUCGAUCGUCAAAGAAAAGUGGUUUGUAGUGAAAUCGAAUGUUUAACAUUGUACAAAGAACGUAUUAUGGAUGCUAUGGCUUCAUUAAAAGACCAGUCGAUGAGGAUUUGUAAGAAAUGUUUAAUUUUUAGGGAAGGAAGAAUAGGAAUUGAUUUGUGCCAUGAUGACGUAGAAAGAGAACUUUUAAAAGAAAUUGAUGUAAUCGAAGGGGCCAACAAAUUACUUGUUAGAGUUUUAGAACAAGCCAAUGAACAAGUAAGAAGAUUAAGAUCCACUAUUUAUUUUAUGGAUCGAGAUAGUGAAGAUAAAGAUAACGUUUUGAAAAUAGAUGGGCAUAACCUUAGUUUAAAUGAAAACAGUAUGAAUUUGAGUUUGUAUUAUGGAUAUUCACCAUUAGAUGUGGCUACAAUAACCGUCGAAGAAUGGGAGAUAGCAACAACAAAAAAUAUUGAAAGAGCAGCUAAAGAAAUAAACAGCGCUCGACCUUUAAGAGCUUACGUGGAUGUUAUUUUAAAACAGGUAAUUGAUGAUUUGGUUGGACAAUAUCAUACUGUAAACGACGCAUUUCGACGACGUAUUGAAGAAACGAAAGAAUCUAAAUAUAAAUUGGAAAUACAACAUUUAGAAGUUGUUCGUCAAGUGAACGAAAUGACACGAAACAUAACGGAUCUUGAGAAAGCCAUAGCUGAUAAAGAAGGCUUUAUGGCUUUAGCUCAUACCAGAUUGGGAAAUCGCGCUCAAAGACCGGGUGCGGAACUUUGCAGGGAUUUGGUUGAAACAAAUUUGGUGAACGAAGUUCGGGAAUUACGCCACAACACUCAUACUUUACAACAUAUGUUGUCUGAAGCUCAAGCUUCUCUUCGGUAUUUAUUAAAGAUACAAAUUCAACUUGAAGAGGAUAUUAACAUUAAAACGAACACUUUGAAAAUUGAUGAAGUUGAUUGUAUGACACUUCGUCAAAGCAUGGAUUAUCACGCUUAUUAAUUAAAAAUGAAUGUAAUAGCACAUAGCUUAAAAAUAGACAUAAAUCAUUGUGUGUUUUGCACUUUUAUAUGGCGUGUCGUCUUUUGGAUUUCUUUAAAUAAAAUUAACAUCAAUAAUA